GAGAGACAUAUCAGAUCCACACAGAGAGCUUCCUUUCUCGCAAAAAAACACUCCUCCACUGAAGAUGGAACAGCUGGAUCGCAACGCGCCCCCGUACCCAUGACCAAUUAAGCUUGAGCGAGCAAUUAUUGUCUUAGAGGAUCGCGCUGACCAUCAUCUUUUGACGAUCUCAAGAGACACGUUUAGAGUAUUUCACGAUCAGUACCUUAAGUGUAACACGUCGUGGGUUUUUUUGUGUGGAUUAUCUGAAGGUGGCUGGAUGUUGAGGACGGAGUGCGUCAAGUGAGCGCACGUAUCCAACAAGUGGAUGCAUGCAUUCGCUCGCAGCAAACAAACGCCGGGACUGAAAGCACAAACAAGCAGUGGAUUGAUAACCUGCAAAUAUCGAUAGAUCGGUUUACAGCAGAGAUUAAUGAUAAUCAAAUGUGGGGCUGGUUUGUGGUGAUGUAUAUAUGUGCGCGUUGUCGGCCUGAGGUAGUUUUUGAGUGACUUGGUGUGUUAACAAGGACAUUUUUUUUCAAGCAAAUAACAAAACUGCAAUGAGGUAAGACACCACGUUCAUUUUUCUUUUUGACCGAAAGCAAGAUUUCCGCGGACACGCUGCGGUAUCCACCGUCUCCCACCUCACCCCUCUCCCCCCAUCCAUGGACUCGCUUCUUCCUUCCCUCGGCGACCGUGGGGGGAACUUGGGAUUCUGUCUUUAGACAUUUCUGUAUGACGAGGGCGCAGGUGGCAACCAAAGGUCGCAGCCAUGCCGAUGCACCCAGUCACCUCCACGUUGAUGUACCGGGGGAUCUGCACCAUCCCUGACAUCCUCUCCUACAGCGCCCCGGUGAACCUGCCCGAAGACGAAGUGGAAGAGAUCCGCGAGGCCUUUAAAGUGUUUGACCGUGAUGGGAAUGGGUUCAUCUCAAAGCAGGAGCUGGGGAUGGCCAUGCGCUCCCUGGGCUACAUGCCAAAUGAGGUGGAGCUGGAAGUCAUCAUUCAGAGACUGGACAUGGAUGGCGAUGGACAGGUGGACUUUGAGGAGUUUGUCACUCUUCUGGGCCCAAAGCUGACAGCAGCUGGGAUGCCAGAUAAGUUCAACGGCACUGACUUUGACUCCGUGUUCUGGAAGUGUGACAUGCAGAAGCUAACAGUUGAAGAGCUGAAGAGGCUCCUCUAUGACACCUUCUGUGAUCACCUCUCCAUGAAAGACAUUGAGAACAUCAUCAUGACUGAGGAGAACCACAUAGAGAACCCUGAGGACUGCCAGGUGGAUAUAGACAGUUCCAGCCCAACGCAGCAAGUAAAGCAAACUUGUGUGCGCAAGAGCCUGAUAUGCGCCUUUGCCAUUGCUUUCAUCAUCAGCGUCAUGCUCAUCGCAGCCAAUCAGGUGCUGCGGAGCGGCAUGAAAUAGGAGCGCCAACACUUUCAGCCUUGACCACCAACUAAAGGCUGCGUUACAGAGAAAUGACUGUGGAGAUAAAGCUCAAAAAACAAGUACAACAGACAAUCACGCAGCUGUAAAACAGGCAUGCCUGCAGAAUAACUGGAGUCACCAAGGACACUACAUGUGCAGGAAUUUGUCUUGGUGAAAGGGACAUUUCAAGGACAACAGGACCUCACAUUCAAAGAGACAGCGCUGUGUUUUAAAGUGGACAGAUGACUAUACAUAUCACUCUUCGUAACACAACAUUUAGUAUUCAUUAGCUAUGUGCAUUUGAGCAGUGUUGCAUUCAGUAUGGUGGCAGCUAUAAAGAGACGUGUAGUGACUGUCCAGUUUUGUAUUUGUCCAGUGUACCAUGCGGUUUAAUAUAAAUGAGUAGAAAGAAAUGUGUGAAAUAUUGUGGGGACAUUGGAGAAAAUAUAUUCCUGAGGGCUGGAAGGUGUUGUUAUGUGCAAGGUCUGGAGUGCAAAGCAUUGUGGAGAUAUUGUAUGCAGUGCAACAUUGUUCAAAAACCACCUGGGAAUAAGGAUAGCUUGGUAACAAACAAAUAAUAGGGUUUGCAGGGAGGCACAUGUGAUUUUGUGGAUGGUUUUGCUUGUUUGAGGCUGCAGGGAUUCAGUCUGAGCAGGUCGGAGGAAGAUGAAGCAGGUUAACAGCUCGCGGGAGAAAGGUGUUGAGGUCUGAAUGGACAGGUAACUGGCUGGAAAGUGGCUGGACAUGCAGUAAACACUCGACUCUCUCUGUCUCUGCUGCGGGGCUUUGCAGGCCGCAGAGGAUGAGCAUCAUCUAUGCAUGAAGUGCAUGGAUUUAAACAGUCGUCUUGACACAUUUGUAAAAGUUCUUAUCAGUGUAUUAAUCAUUAUGACUGUGUAACAGCUGUUUUCAAUUAUUUAAUGACAACUGUGAGCAACUGUGUGGUGAGAGGUUAUCAGCUAUCACGACAAAAAGUAAAGCAAACAACUGCAUGAAAAAGAAGGGCUGCUUUAGUUCAUGCUCGUAAAAAUGAUUAUCCAGAUUGCUAAUCUGUGGAGCUUUUGCCUCGCGGGGCAUCUGAUGACCAUCGGCCACUGUCACCGGAGAGCAAACAACUAGAAGAUGUGCAUCAAUCAACCACUUAAAGAAUAUGCAUCAAAACUGAUCUGGUUGGUAGAGCAGAUAGAAAUGUGCAGGAAUGUAUUUUGUCUUCUUAUUUUAGUUGUUUUCUGUCUGGAUGCGUUGCUAUAGAGCAAUAAAUGUAUGUAAAAUAGACAUUUCACCAUGCUUUGGACAUACAUGAAUCUUCAAAAACGUUAGCACCAAUGGACCUAUUUACUGUAGAGGUGGGAAAAGUUUGCACCUUCAACAUAAGGUUUUGGCAAUACAAUAGAUGUGGCUCUGAGGAGACAAACCCUUGAGAUUCAGUGAGAUCCAGACAGAUGACAGAUGUGUGUCAGAAGUUGCCCUGUGCAUUGAAGAUUGAGAAGGCCCAAAUGGUGUAAACUGUUGCAAUAAAACAUAAAUAUCUGUGAAGCACCACAUGACUUUGACUGGGUGUAACUUAGAUUGUUGUGCAUGUAUCUGGGUUAGGUCUGUCAUUAUUAAUGUGUAUUGUACAUAUAAACCAACUUCAACCAAAGCUUCAGAGGGAUCUGUGACAGCAGAAUUGGGCCACAUAACAAGAGCAAGCUCAGUAAACAACUGGUGAAAUUCACAUUUGAAUUACUGAGAAGAGACCAGAAAUCCUGCAGAAGUCCCACACCCACUUGGGCGGAUUCACAAAGAACAGAUUGCGGAUGCUGAUAUUGCACAUAACUUGUAACCUUUAUCCACUCGUCUCAAGGACUGAUUCACAAAAGAUUUUGAGCUAAUGAUACAGCUCAGUUGCCAGAAGAUAAUGUUGACAUUAUGUGUUUCUGCAAACCACUCAUAUGUUACAUUUUCAUGUUUCGUAUGCAUCAAAUGUCUAAGGUGAUGCCAUAUAUGAUUUGAUGACACAUUGUCAUCCCAACUUAUCACAUGGUGCUGCUGUCAGUGACCUUCCGUGUUUACUCAUGACGUUUUAGGUAUCCUUCUGCAUCAGCUGUUUAGGCUCCAGAAUGCCCUUACUUUGAUAUCAACAAAUGCAUCUGGUGGGAUGACGCAGUAUGGUCCUAAUAUUUACACAACAUAAGCACGUGGCAAACAACGUGGACAGGCACGACGGUUAGGAUUAGGAAACAAGGUCACAUAUGGUUAAGUUUAGGCAAAAGAGGCAUGUGGAAGGUGUGGUAAACAAAACCUCACAUCCACACAGGAAGCGAACUCCACCUUCCUUCCACCCUCCUCCAUCCUAUGAGCACAUUUGCGCUCCUUAUAUUAUGUCCUUACCGACGGCCAGCAUUAUUACCUGACGCCAUUCUUGCAUGUGCACACAACCGGCUCCUUCCGGCUGCGUUCUCAAGUGACACCCACUGUGCGCAAUGCAUGUGGAUGCGUCUGGUGCCGUCCGCUGGCAUAUAACAACAACGCCUUCGGUUCUGUCCGGGUGUUUCCUCAUCUGACAGGUGGACACAGAAGGUGGCUUUUGGCGUCACACUUGUAGAGCGAAAGCACUGACGGAACAGACGUAUUUGAUAAGUUCGGAAUGAGAACAGGCUGGACUUGUGGCAUCGUGAGGUGGAGGGGAUGGUGAAUGGCAUCUAACUUAGGCAAGACACCUGCCGCGCUGCUGAUCAUUGUGAAAAGACAUCACCAUUUUUUUUUAUGUGCAACCCUUCAUUACAUAUGUGCUUUUAGUGCCGAAUCUGGUUGUUUUUCAGCAACCUCUUCCUGCUUUUCUAGCAGCCCUUGCAACACCAAACAUGUUUUAAGCCAAAACAUGACCUCUUUCUCAUUAUAACCAAACGAUUUUUGUUUUGAACUUAAUUACACCUUCACCAGUGUUGUUGAGAAAUGCAAAGUUACCACAUAUCCGCUAUAAAAUAAUGCAUGUAACAUGUCUGUGGUUUGCAAAACCAUACAAUCUCAACAUUUUUUGUGGUGAUUGGGUUAAAUGAUAUUACUGUGCAAACACAGCACUACAGGUUUGCAGCUGUAUGCAAUUUGCCCCCCUAUUUUGCAUCUGAUUGUGAAUUAUCCAUGUGGCAUAACAUAUAUUUUGCCAGUGCGCCAAGAACGCAGUGAGCAGAACAAUAGCAGAGAGAAAAAUAAAACAGAACAUUUCAGACUGCGAGUCACAGCUUCUGACCGACGAGGUGGAGAGGCAUUCCUCAAAACCUCAGUCAAGGAAUUUAAAUGUGACAGAGAAAAUAUUGGGUAUGUCUGUCAGUGCUGUUGGUGUUUGCAAUUGCACACCUUGAGACUGUAUAAAAACAUGGCAUGAUUUCAAAUGGAGGACAAAAGAAAAAAUGACAUUACAUGCCUCAGUAGCUUUUAAAACAGACUGAUCCCCUCAUAAAUGCAUGUCGACUACCACCAACUCUGCUAAUAAUUCCAAAGUAACUGCAUAUGGCUGACUAGUGCCACUCCACUAUUUUCAGAUCAACAGAUCACCAUCAGGAAAGAUCAUUUUUUCCUAAGACAUCUACCAAAAACAAUAGUUUUUGAAUUCUUGACAGGACCAAGAUGUAUUUAAGAAAAGUCAAAAGAAAAAAAGAACAACCUUCAAAUACCCUCAAUAAAUACACACUGCAAUAUAGAGAUCUAAAUAAUUCACAUCUUAAGAAUAUUCCUUUUUAGGAUCUCUAUUGGUAGCUCCCCAAACUUGGAUCUCACACAAGAGCCAGAACCUCACAGAUGAAACAAAAUUAGACUACCCUAUCGGCCAGAGCCAGGCGGGAUAACGAUUAUCUGAUGCACCCGGGCAAUUUGUCAAAAGUGUCAACUCUGCGGGGAACACACCAGAAAAAAAUAAGAGAGAGAGAAAAAAAAAGCCCAUUUAUUAAGAUACCUUGGUUUCCAUUUUUGCACUUUAAGAUGUGCUGCAGCGCACAGCAACAACUCACCGCCAUGAUUGUUCAUCCAAUUCCAGAUAUAGUUUAGGCACAAAGAAUUACUUUACCAUAGAUGUAUCUAUUUUUGUGAUAAGAAUAUGAUGGAAUAGAAUAUCAACUGAGUGACAAAUGAUACUGUCUCAUUCGUUUUCUAUUAUAUCAUUACUGAGGGGACAUUUUCAUGGGGAAUAAAGAUAUAACAAUAAUUUGAUUUGUUGCCUUAUUCUUUGAGACACUUUGGCAAUGUGCACACACAUACAAAUGCAUCAAUCAUGGGUUUAUUAUUUAU